UGACCUGUCACCGACAAGGAGUGAUGGCAUCGGUAGUUGCACUUACACUGUCGUGGCAACUGCGGGAGGAGGUUAUUUGAGAGUUCCGUCCCCCCCACCUCCGCCCCUUCGGCUCCAGAAGCGGAGCGCGCCGCGCGUCGGGAGGCAGGGCUGCCGGAAGUGGCCUCACGUCGGUACCGCCUUUUCCGGCGGUCCGGGGCUCGGGCGGCACCUGCGCCCGCGCACGCCGCGUUCCGGUAUGCGGGCCGCCCGCCCCGCCCCUCGGCCGCCACGGCCUACCCCGCCGGCGCCAUGGCCGCUGCGGUCGGGGACGGCGCGGUGAAACCGCUUCAAUGCGCCAUGAAGCUGGCCAACGGGGCCAUCGAGCUGGACACCGGCAACCGGCCCCGGGAGGCAUAUACAGAAUACCUGAGGAGCGUCCACUACAUCUCCCAGGUGCUGCUAGAAGAAGUGGAGACCUCCAAAGAAGCUGGGGAGACUGUGACCCCUGACACCUCGAAGAUGCUGAAGCUGGCUGAGCAGUGUCUGGAGAGGGCCCAGUCGACAGCUGCCAAACUUGGGAAAACAUGCCUGAGGCCAGCCAUGCCUGUGGUUGCCCCCGUCCCCUCUCCUACCAGCCGACACCGCCGGGUGUACUCAGAUGAGGGAGGGAAGCUCUCUCCAUUUCUGCCGCCUGAGAUCUUCCAGAAGCUUCAGGCUGUAGAGUCACAAAGCUCUAAGAAGGAGCUGACACCCCUGGAGGAGGCCUCCCUGCAGAAUCAGAAGCUGAAGGCUGCCUAUGAGGCCCGGAUGGCCCGUCUGGACCCCAGCCAGGCCAUGCAGAAGACAUCCCUGACCCUGUCCCUGCAGCGGCAGAUGAUGGAGAACCUGGUGAUCGCUAAAGCCCGGGAGAAGACACUGCAGAGGAAGAUGGAGGAGCGCCGGCUGCGACUCCAGGAGGCCGCCAACAGACCUGUCCUUUCUCCCAGGAGGUUCUGCAGCCAGGUUGCCCUGACCCCCGAGGACCGGGAGCAGCGGGCCCUCUACGCCGCCAUCCUCGAGUACGAGCAAGACCACGACUGGCCAAAGCUCUGGAAGGCCAAGCUCAAGAGGAGCCCAGGGGACCUGUCCCUGGUGACCAGCCUGGUCUCCCACCUGCUCAGCGUCCCCGACCACCCCAUCUCGCAGCUCCUGAAGAAGCUCCAGUGCGCCGUGUACCGGGCGCUGUACCCCAUCGUGAGCAGGGGCGCUGCCUCGGCCCUGGGCUGCCGUUCCCUGCCCCCCGACGCCGACGGGCUGCUGGCUCCUGGAAGCCGGCGGCUCCGGCCCUCUCAGAGCCUCUACUGCAUGCCCUCCCCCCCCGAGCCCAGCCCAGCCCAAAGGCCCACAGACGGCGCCUCCGCCAGCACCCCCAUCCCCCCACCCCACCCCGGCAACCCGGACAGAGGGGCAGACGGCAGCCCCACGGGGCCUCCCUCACCCCUGGCGGACACUUCAUCCGACCUGCCGGGCAACGACAGCUCCUUCGGGGACCUGGAACAGUUCUUGGCUACUCCUGAGAGGAGGGGCCGGGGCCCUGGAGGGCAGCCUGAGCCCCAGCCCCCAGGGGUGAGGAAGGAGCCGUUGCUGGAGCAGCUGAAGGGCACCGUGCAGGACAUACACGACGCCAUCGAAGCGAGUGUGUGUUCCGUAAGGAGCCCAGGGUGGCAGGGGACUUCACGUCCCUUCCAAGGAGGAAGGCUGCGAGGGUUUCCUGAGAACCAGCGAGAGGCCCAGCAGUCAGGGGCCUGUGUUGUCUGGGAGACUCUGGACAGGCUGCUCUCGCUGACCCUCCUGGCUUUUGAAGGCCUGAACACGGCCGCCUCCAAAGACCGCUGCUUGGCCUGCAUCGAGGAGCCCUUCUUCUCCCCGCUGUGGCCCCUCCUGCUGGCCGUGUACAGGAGCGUUCACCGCCUGCGGGAGGCCGCCCUGAGCAAGAGCAUGGAGCUGUACGGGAACGCGCCCCCGGCGGCCGUCGGCGUCCCCACCAAGCUCCUCCCCCGGGACCCCGAGGCCACGGCGGGCGGCGCCUACCCCUACUGUGCUGCCGCCCAGGAGCUAGGGCUGCUGGUCCUGGAGAGCUGCCCCCAGAAGAAGCUGGAGUGCAUUGUGCGGGCCCUGCGGGUCACCUGUGCCUGCGCGGAGGACUACUCCCGGGCUCGCGAGGCUGCGCCCCAGCCGGGCAUCGCCGCCAUGUGCCUCUUGCGGAGGGUCUGGGGUACCUGGAGUGGCACUGGCGCCGACGACCUGCUGCCCAUCCUGUCCUUUGUGGCGCUGAGGAGUGGCCUCCCCCAGCUGGUGUCGGAGUGUGCAGCCCUGGAGGAGUUCAUCCACGAGAGUGACAGACGCUUGUGCCACCGCCGUGCAGGUACCUGAUCGGAGAGGAGGGUUACUGCCUGACGUCACUGCAGAGCGCCCUGAGCUACGUGGAGCUGCUGCCCCGGCGGGCCCUGGGCAAGUAGCAGAGGACGGGCUGGCCAAGGACUGGCCCAGAGGCACCUGCAUGGGGCGGUGGGCUGGCCGAGGUGGGGCUCUCGCCCCCGCCUGACAUCAGCCCCUAGGGCUCAAGGAGGCCCCUCUGCUCCGGAUAGGAUGGGGCUGACCCGAGUCAGCUCCCAGGAACCAGGCCCUUCUCUUUCCUGUCCCCACCUGUGAGAGGCCCCGUGCAGGGAAACUGGGCGCCCCUGGGGCCUGCACACUCCAACGGCUCAGUCCGCUGACACCCUGCAGGCCCCGCAAGCCCAAGGACAGAGGGGCCAUGGGCCUGACCGAGGGCAGGUCUGCUUCUCUCCCUUCCCGUCCCCCGUGACACGCGGAGCUCCCUGAGCCAGGUUCUUGUCUGAGUCGAGAAGAGAGCCUGUCACCCCACAAGAGGCCUGGGGCCCAGGUGGGUUUAGACUGUGCUGUUUAUUGGUCACUGGUCACUCUGUCCUGAAGACCCAGGUGUCCCCAGGGCACCUGCCCAUGUGUGGGAGCUCUGAGCCACACUCCCACCCUUGGCAAUGGGCACGGACAUCCUGAGACCGCUGGCGAAUCCCCACCCCCACUCAGCCACUUCAGGGUCGGUGUGAACCCAAGGGUCGGCGCCUGCCAGGAGCCCCACCACCUGCCCACCCUGACUGUUACAGGCCCCUGGGCAACCACUGACCCAGCUGGAAAUAAAGAGGUCACCGGUGUCUCCGUCAGCGCGGCUCACCUGCUCCCCGUCCCACUGGCCGGGCGGAGGCCUGGGCAGCACAGCCACUCCCAGCCAACCAGCCAGAGCCAGAGGGUCCCAGAGGCCCCUGGGGCCAUCGCCAAGCCCAGCCCACCUCCCAGACCUCUGCCCAGGAGUGGGAUCCGUGGGGCUGCUCCUUCUAGCACUGGACACACUCUGGGGGGCCUAGCAGGUUGGCAGGGUCAGAGGUCAUCACUGGGCAGGAUCUGAGCCCGGACCACUCCUCCCGAAGGGUUCCCAGGAGUCAUGUUGCUCUCCAGGUGGGGAACACAUGCAGGUGGCCCGGCCCCAGCCCCAGGCAGCAUCUGUCACCAUGGCAGAAAGUGGUGUGGGAGCAGCGUGUGGGUCCCUGGGGAAGGCCCAGCUGGACCUGACUGUGUGUUCUGUGCACGCAGUGUCCCAAGGCUGUGCGGGAACCUCGUGAGGAAAGUGAGGCACAGAAGGGGAAACGCCUUCUCCAGGCCACAGCUCCCGGUGGCAGAGCUCUCUUCGAGCCCAGCACGUUGACUCCGGAGGCCAGAGGGGGCCGGGGACGUGACCCCAAGGGAAGGCCAACCCGAGUUCCGGGGGCAGCUGCCUCUUUCGGGAGCCGUUGUGGGCAGGGGUCCCCUGCCCACCAGCACCCCAGGAACGACAGGCAGGCACCCGCCUGCUCACCCCGCCCUGCCCUCAAAGCUCUCAGUCCCUGAGUCCCUGCCCUCUCCAAAGGAAGCCCCCCAGUCCUGGACACGAGGCCCAGCCAGCCAUGAAGCCUGGGGAGGAUGACCCCCUGCUCCAGGCCUUGGCGGUCUCAAGGAUGGGAUUUUAAGCCCCCUUUCAUAGAGCAGGUGGACGAUGGAGCGAAGCCUGACCGUGGGCGCUCCUGCUGGCUUUGGGGAGCUCUCUGGAGGCGCUGAUCAGACGGCCUUCCUGCUGCUGGCUCUGGGCCAGUCCUUCAGCCUCUCCCAGCCUACAGCCUUCCGUAAGACAGUGAGUGAUGGAUUCUUCACACAGAAAAUCCUCCAGAUCGACACGAAAAAGGCAGGAGCCCCAGUCAGGAAAAUAGCAAAGGCUGUGAACAGGCUGUCUUCAGAAGAACUUUAAAAAGCUCAUCAGCAUAAGAAGAGGUGUUUAAAGUCAUUUUUAAAAUCAAGAAAUGCAAAUUAAAACACUUACAAGACAGAC